CACACAAUAUACUAGCAAAGCUGCUUCCAUUCCCCUACAAUAUUCCCUUCCUCUCCUUUCUCCCUUUGUCUUCUUUUUUCUCUUUUUCCAUCCCUUCCAAAAUGAAGUUCCUAAAUAUUGAUCUUCUCUGUGGGAACAAUACCCAAAAACAAACAAUAUCAAAAGUAACUAUACUAGCCUUCAUAAUCUUACUUAUAUUUUCACUCACCACACUGUCUUGUUCCAUGUUUAGUUACUAUUCACUCUUGAAGAUCAACAAAUAUAAGCAAUCAAACAUUGCAAUUGAUGAUUUGAGUGAGCCACAAAGCUCGCCCUCAACACCUGUGAAGAAGUGUAACAUUUUCAGUGGGGAAUGGGUGCCAAAUCCAGAGGCACCAUAUUACACAAACACAACAUGUUGGGCAAUUCAUGAGCACCAAAAUUGCAUGAAGCAUGGGAGGCCUGAUUCUGAGUUCAUGAAGUGGAGGUGGAAGCCAAAUGAGUGUGAACUCCCCAUAUUCAACCCCCUCCAGUUCCUAGAAAUUAUGAGGGGAAAAUCUAUGGCUUUUAUUGGAGACUCCACAAGCAGAAAUCACAUGCAGUCUAUGAUUUGCCUCCUUUCAAGGGUGGAGUGGCCCAUAGAUGUAUCCCAAGUGAAUGAUCUUUCCUUCAAGCGAUGGAAGUACUUAAGCUAUAACUUCACUAUAGCUAAUUUUUGGACACCUCAUCUAGUUAGAGCUAAAAAAACGGAUUCAAAUAGUGUCCUCUUCAAUGUUUACCUUGAUGAGUUUGAUGAAACAUGGACAACUCAAAUUAAAGAGUUUGACUAUGUCAUUAUCAAUGGAGGACAGUGGUUCUUGGGGCCCAUGGUGUUCUAUGAGAAACAAAAAAUUGUUGGAUGUCAAUACUGUGACAUAGAAAAUGUCACUCAUUUAAACUUAAACUAUGGCAUUAGGAAGGUUUUUAGGACGGCAUUUAAAGCCAUCAUCAGUUUAGAGAAUUUUAAGGGUAUAACAUUUCUUAGAACAUUUUCACCAUCUCACUUUGAAAAUGGGUUAUGGAAUAAAGGUGGAAAUUGCGUGAGAACUAAGCCAUUUAGGAAUAACGAAACAAAGUUAGAAGGCCAUAAUUUAGAAUUACACAUGAUUCAAUUGGAGGAGUUCAAAAUUGCAAAGAAAGAAGGCAUAAAGAAAGGAUUGAAGUUCAUGUUACUAGACACGACGCAAGCUAUGUUAUUGAGACCAGAUGGUCACCCCAAUAGAUAUGGGUAUUGGCCAAAUGAGAACAUGACACUAUAUAAUGAUUGUGUUCAUUGGUGCUUACCAGGGGCAAUAGACAUAUGGAGUGAUUUUUUACUAGAAAUGUUGAAAAUGGAAGGUAUGAGAUCUACUAGUAAAAAGAUGCUUCAUUUACUGAAAAAUUAGUAAUUAUAUUUAUAAAUGCCAUUCACAUGUGAACAUUGUGUCUUUUUUACCAAUGCAUAUGAGAAAUAAAAAUUAUAUUUUGGAUAUUA